UUGUUAUGAAUUGAUAACAUUUAUAACCUUUGUGGAAACUAUUAGUUCGUUUAAAAACAAACUUAUCAGUUUGUUAUAGUUACUCGUAGGGGUGUACUCUUGCUGGUCCACACUUGAUAAAUAAUGAAGGUUAUACUAGUUUUGGCACUUUUAGUUUAUGCAGAAGCACGAAUAGCUAUUGAAAAUUGUAAUGGUACUGUAGUUCAUAAUAUUAAACAUGAAAAGCAAGUUUUGAAAAGCAAUAUAAGGAGUCCAUACCAAUUGGCAAUCGAUUAUAAUACAAAUACUUUAUUCUUCAGUUAUUCAAGUGACGAUCCAGGUUUAACUUUUGAUUCAGCAUACAUUAACCUCAAAACAAAUGAAUUCAAGAUUAUAAAAGGAAUCACAGGAGGGUUUGCUAAUGCAGUAGAUGAACAAGGCAACGUUGUUUACUUAGGCGGCCAGGAUGGUAUAUACCAGUUUGAUUAUGAAACCAAAGUUGCAACUCGCAUCGAUGGAACCGAUCAUAACAUUUGGCAAUUGUUCUUCAAAAAAGAUUUGUAUUACUCAAAGUAUCCAGAAGAAGAGGUUUAUAUAUUUAAAAAUCACAAAUCACAUAGAGUGCCCGAAUUAGCAGGCACAAGAGGAAUGUUAGUUGCUGUCGACAACUUUGACAACAUCUAUUUUUCGAACUCGUCUGGACUCUUUGUUCAUAAGAAGACCAAGGAUUAUACCUAUUUCGUUGGAGAUUACAACAUUAAUGGUUUCACACAUGACAUAAACGGUGAACUAUUUUUUUCUACCCCUGAAGGCAUAUAUUAUAUCAACGACAAAUCCAAAAAAGUGGAAAAACUUACUUCAAUUGACAAUUUGUAUGGAGUAGCCAUAGAAGCAGAUGGAAGCAUAAUUUACGCGUCCGAAGACAGUCUUGUGAGGCUUAAACCAACUAAGACAUAUUGUUUUAGUGAUGAAAAGACAAAUCUGUGAAACCUCAAUAUUUUCUAACAAUCUCGUGCAUUAUUUUCUUAUAAUAUGAUAUAUUAUUUAUUUAUUCAAUUGGUGCUUUAAUUGAUUACGUGUAUGUUAUUACCAUACCUUCUGUACAAUAAAAUAUUACCUAAUCGUAUAUUCAUUUUA